AUGGCUGCAGAGCUGGCAGAGUUCCAGCAGAAGGCCAUGGCUUCCCCAGCCCUGGCACUGGCCGUGGCGAUGGGGAAGUAUCACUUCGCUUGGUACCGUGAGGGGGCGAAGGAGAUGGAUGUUGACAGCAUCCGAGAUGCAUCAGAGCUUAUGGCGCUCAGUAUCCAGUGUAGUCAGUGCGACAGAGCCGACUUGUCCGUCGAGGUCUUCUUCCAGCGCAUGUGCCAUGCCCGAUGGCCAUAUGCCGUUCUCCUCUUCAGCGAGCUUGGCAGGGAGUUUGCCUCCAGGUAUUUGACAGAGCAGGCGGCGGACACACUAGAGAGGGCGGUUGCCACUUUCGACGCCAUGAAGCGCUUGCCGUACUACUCCCGGAUCUCCACGUGGCAGGGUCCCUACGACGUCAACUUCAAUGAGGAAUGGUUUCCGGGGGCGGCUGCUGUGGGCCCGAUCUGGGACAAGGCCUCUGUGCCUUUGGCCCAGUUCUUGGAGAAUAACUUCGAGAUGCUCCGAUCCGAGCUGCUUCCACUAGCCGAGGAUGCUGGACGUUUUGACGAGCUGGCGUUCGAGAACUCGCGAGUGGAGGGACAAGAUUCCUGGCCAGAGGGUGCGUGGCGCGCUUUGCAGCUGACCUCCUCUGCGCAGCCUUGGUCCACGCGCGCCUGCAGUCAGCUACCCCGGACCUGCGCGCUGCUGUCGAGUCGACCAGAGCUGUCGGGAUGCGCCAAUGCCGGCGCGUCGUUGGUGAGGCUGCGCCCCGGGGGACGCCUUAAGCCUCAGUUCGGUGCCGCACCGAAGCUUCAGUGCCACCUCGCCAUCCGGGCAGACGUGGGCGCCCGGAUGAGCGUAGGGAACAGGACCUUGGCGUGGCGUACUGGAGAGGCCAUGGUCAUCGAUAGCACCUUCAUCAGACAGGAGUGGCACAAUGGUGUCCGAGGAGAAAGCUACGUCCUGCAGGUGACUUUCUGCCACCCCUGCGAGGAGGCCCAGCUAGCAAACUACCCUGGUCAGCUGCCUUGUGGCGCGAGGCCGGCGGCGAGCCCGAGCAGUGCGCAGAGACCGGCAGUGGCUAUCCAGGACGCCGGCUCCCUGGCGGUGCCUUUGGCCCAGGCUGCCCUCUGGGCCUCCUCGCUGCCGGAGCUCUCUCUUUGCAGCACCGUCAACGAGCAGUGCCCGCCGGAUUCCCAGCAUGGUGGGCCCAAUCCACUCAGUGCCAUGAAUACCUGGAACUACGCCCUCAACAACUUGCGUGCGGCGCUCCGGUAUUCCCAGGUGGACGUGGAUCCCGCCGUUCACACUGCUAUUUCCCAGGUGCUCGAAGGUAUCCAUGGCUUCCUAGCAAUGCCGGCUCUGGAGCAGUACGCCCCGAUUGUGCAGCUGGCCGCUCAGAUCUUCGAUGCCCUGAGGACAAAGCAGGGCAUGACAGAACAGUAA